AUGGCAGCCAUAGAUGAGAAGGCCAAGCCUACCGUGACCGGCACGGAGAUUGAGGAGGCCGAAGUCACCGUUAACUACACCCCCGAGCAGAUCCAGCAUCGGUUCGAAACCCUGCGCGGCUUGAGCCAGGGGGAGAUGGAGGCGCUCAACAAGAAAGUUCGCCGAACCAUUGAUUGGCGCCUCAUGCCAUGUAUCACAAUGAUGUUCCUGAUGAGCUAUCUCGACCGCAUUAACGUCUCCAACGCUCGUCUAGCCGGACUCCAGGAGGAUCUUCACAUGACCGACACGGUCUGGAAUGCAGGUAUAUCGACCUUCUACGUCGGCUACUUGAUCGGCCAGCUCCCUGGAAACCUGCUCCUGGCGAAGACAGACCCCAAGUACUUCCUUCCUGGCAUCAUGUUGUGCUGGAGCGCAGGCACGAUCUGUAUGCCAGCCAUGACCAACGGCGUCGGCUUCUGCGUUGCCAGGUUUUUCGUGGGCCUUACCGAGGCGCCGUUUUUCCCUGGCAUUACCCUCAUGACGUCCUCCUGGUACAACAAGGAAGAGAACCCAAUCCGCAUGGCCAUCUGGCACGCCGGCAACACAAUCUCCAACAUCAUCUCCGGCUUCCUCGCUGCCGGCAUCCUCGAGCACAUGGAUGGCGUCAGCGGCCUUCAUGCCUGGCAGUGGUUUUUCCUAAUCGAAGGUAUUGCCUCCAUCGUUGUUGCCCUGGUCGCCUUCUUCGUGCUCCCAUCGUGGCCACACAACACCAAGUUUCUCUCCGAGCAGGAGAAGGAGAUGGCUCAAUACCGCAUCCUAGUCAGCAACGGAGGUCGUGAGGAGACUGUCGGCGGCACUUGGGACGGCCUCAAGGACGCUGUGAAGGACCCCUUCACCUGGCUGUUCUGCGGCAUGCAUUUUGCUCUGGUGACCGCGCAGAGCUUCAAGGAUUUCUUUCCAUCGAUCGUCAAGACUUUUGGCUUCGACUCCAUGACGACCUACCUCGUACAAGCGCCACCCUACGCAAUCGCUUACAUCUCGGCGUGCCUCAUCGCCUGGUCGUCCGGGCACUUCCAGGAGUCUUUCUGGCACAUCGUAAUCCCCAUCGGGCUCGCCGCCAUUGGCUGCUCGGUCCUAAUCUCGACGCUCAACGUCGGCGCUCGGUACUUUGGCAUCAUUCUCUUGAUCUCGGGCACGUACAAUGGUUUGAACCUGCAGCUGAGCUGGGAAACGACGCUAGUGCCUGCACCGCGCACCAAGAAGGCAGCCCUCAUUGCAAUCGCUAACUGUAUCAGCCAGACGAGCCACUGGUUCAGCCCAUACUUCUUCCCCACCAGCCAAGAGCCGUUCUAUCGGCUAGGUGGCGGCCUGAUUCUCGUGGGCUGUCUCUUGACCUUGGCGGUGUCACUGGGCAUCGUCUGGCGCGCGAAGAAGCUGAAUAAGAAGAUGGAUCUGCAGCAGGGAUGGACUCCGGAUUGCGGCUUUGAGAGAGGCUGGAGACAUCGUACCUAG